AGAUUAAAUUGCAAUUUAAACAAUGAUUAUACAAUUUUUUUAUUUAAAGAAAACUGUUACAACAAUUAAAUUAAAUCAAGUUAACUCUCUUAUUGUAUUGUUUGUUUUUCCCAAUAAUUUGUAUCAAAGUAAUUAAGUUGAUUGACUGAUUGGGUUUUGAUUUUAUUUUGUGACGAGGUGAAAGUGUAACAACCAUUGUGAAUGGGACAAUUAAGGAAGUUUUUAUUUUAAUUGUGAUUAAAUUAUCAUCACAAGGUUUGCAAGAUGAGUUCAUCUAAACAACCACCUUCCUUUUCAGGAAAGAAAGACAAUAAAUCAAUGUCCAAGGAAAAAGUGACCACUGGUAAAUCGAGUGUUGGUAAAUCGUCAUUUAAAUCUGGUUUAAGUCCACCGAAAUCAUUAACUCCAUCCAAAUCAUCAGGUGGGUUGAAAUCAUCUCCAUCAUCACCUAAAUCACUUUCUCCAGGCCUCAAUGUGUCUUCAUCUAAAUCUAAAUCAACUUUACCGAAAUCAUCACCGGCUUCCAAGUCCAAAACAUCGGGAUUAACUGUUACACCGAAAUCAUUAACUCCAUCGAAAUCAUCAAGUGGAUUAAAAUCAUCCCCAUCUCCAUCUUCACCCAAAUCCCUUUCUCCAGGUCUUAAUUUACCUUCAUCCAAAUCGAAAUCAACUUUACCUACUCCACCAAAACCAUUGAUUCCCUCUAAAUCAUCAGGUGGAUUAAAAUCAUCUCCAUCAUCACCUAAAUCACUUUCUCCAGGCCUCAAUGUGUCUUCAUCUAAAUCUAAAUCAACUUUACCCACUCCACCAAAGCCAUUGACUCCCUCUAAAUCGUCCGGUGGACUGAAACCUCCUUCAUCUCCAUCAGCACCUAAAUCAUUGCUUAAGGUAAAUUUGGAUCCUAAAUCAACAUCACCAUCGAUACCUUCAAAAUCUAAGAGUAGAGUUCAAUUUACUCCUUCGACUAAACCGGGAUCAAUGUCAUCAACAUCAACCACAUCAAAGUCGAGCUCAAUUACUCCAAAACAAAAUUCUCAAUCAUCAAUCGCAUCUAAAUCACUUUCUCCGAGUGCUAAUUUGUCUUCAUCGAAAUCCAAGUCAAAUUUACCGAUUUCACCAAAAAUAUCAAUUCCGUCAUCAGGUGGAUUGAAAUCAUCUCCAUCAUCUCCAUCAUCACCUAAAUCACUUUCUCCAGGUCUUAAUUUACCUUCUUCCAAAUCGAAAUCAACUUUACCAAUUUCACCGAAAUCAUCACCAGCUUCCAAGUCCACAACAUCGGGAUUAACUGUCACACCGAAAUCAUUAACUCCAUCCAAAUCAUCAAGUGGAUUAAAAUCAUCCCCAUCUCCAUCUUCACCCAAAUCACUUUCUCCUGUUAAUUUACUCACAUCAAAAUCCAAGUCAAAAUUAUCUCUCUCACCAUUAACUCCAGGUAAAUCAUCAACUGGCUUGAAAUCAACUCCAUCAUCUCCAUCACCACCUAAUUCACUUUCCCCUGGUUUUAAAAUACCUUCAGCAAAAACCAAGUCGAAAAUGCUGAUUGCACCUUCAUCAUUAAUUAAGUCCAAAUCAUCUACUGGUUUCAAAGCUCCACCAUCACUUUCUCCUGGUCUUAACUUAUCAUCCAAAUCGAAAUCAACUUUACCAAUUUCACCCAAAUCAUCAGGUGGAUUAAAAUCAUCUCCAUCGUCUCCGUCGUCUCCAUCAUCACCUAAAUCACUUUCUCCAGGUCUUAAUUUACCUUCAGCUAAGUCCAAGUCAAAGUUGACUAUAUCACCAAAGGGAUCGAUUCCUUCAUCGCCCGUUUCAAAGUCGAAAACUGUUCUUGCAUCAUCUGGGUUAACUCCAAAACCAACAAUUCCACCGAAACCUUCAAGUGAUUCGAAACCCUCUCCAUCUUCACCUAAAUCACUCUCUCCGGGCCUCAACGUAUCUUCAUCAAAAUCCAAGUCGAACUUACCAAUUUCACCAAAAUUAUCAAUCCCAUCAAGCGGACUAAAAUCAUCACCAUCUUCACCCAAAUCCCUUUCUCCGGGUCUUAAUUUACCUUCAUCCAAAUCGAAAUCAACUAUACCCACUCCACCAAAACCAUUGAUUACCCCUAAAUCACCGGGUGGAUUAAAAUCAUCUCCAUCAUCACCAAAAUCAAAUUUACCAAUUUCACCAAAAUUAUCAAGUGGACUAAAAUCAUCUCCAUCAUCACCCAAGUCACUUUCUCCGGGUCUUAAUUUACCGUCUUCCAAAUCGAAAUCCAAACUAACUCUUUCGCCGAAAUCAUCAACUCCAUCUAAACCAUCAGGUGGGUUUAAAUCAUCUCCAUCUUCACCUAAAUCAUCAACUCAACCAGGAUCUCCAUCUCUAGCAUCAUCAUCAUCAUCGAAACCAAAGUCAACAUUGAUUCCUUCAAAACAAAGUUCCAAACCACCAAUUCAAACUAAAUCAAUUUCUCCUGGAGUUAAUUUACCAUCAACCAAAUUGAAAUCGAAUCUACUUGUUUCACCGAAAGAUUUAAUUCCCUCUAAAUCAUCACACGUUUCCAAGUCGAAAACUGUUGUUCCAUCAUCUGGUUUAACUGUCACAUCAAAACCUUUGAUUUCUUCUAAAUCAUCAAGUGGAUUGAAAUUAUCUCCAUCAUCUCCAUCAUCACCAAAGUCCAAAUCAAAUUUAACUCUUUCACCAAAAUCUUUAACUCCAUCGAAAUCAUCAAGUGGAACUAAAUUAGCUCCACCUUCACCUAAAUCACUUUCUCCCGUUCUUAAUUUACCUUCAUCGAAAUCCAAGUCCAAAUUAUCCGUCUCACCAGCAUCAGUAACUUCAUCUAAAUCAUCAAGUGACUUGAAAUCAUCUCCACCAUCACCUAAGUCACUUUCACCUCGAUUGAGUUUAUCCAAAUCAAAAUCAAAUUUAACUCUUUCACCGAAAUCAUCAACUGAAUUGAAAUCAACUUCAUCUCCACCUAAAUCAUCAACUAAACCAGGAUCAGUAUCUUCAUCAGCGUUGACACCAAAGUCGACAUUAGUUACUUCAAAACAAAGUUCCCAACCAUCAAUUGCACCUAAAUCACUUUUCCCUGAUCUAAGUUCAUCUAAAUCGAAAUCAGAUUUAAAUUUGUCACCCAAAUCAUUAACUCCAUCGAAAUCGUCAAGUGGAACUAAAUUAUCUUCACCUUCACCUAAAUCACUUUCCCCUGUUCUUAAUUUACCAUCAUCGAAAUCCAAGUCUAAAUUGUCUAUCCCACCAAUAACAGUAACUUCAUCUAAAUCAUCAGAUGGCUUAAAAUCUACUUCAUCUCCACCCAAACCAUUGAUUAAAGCAGUUCCCGUUUCCAAGUCUAAAACAAUUCUUAAAUCAUCAGAAUCAACUGAAUCACCUAAACCAACUCCUCCAGGAUUCAGUUUACCUUUAACCAAAUCGAAAUCAAAUUUAACUAUUACACCGAAAUCAUUAACUCUAUCGAAAUCAUCAGGUGGAUUAAAAUCAUCAACAUCUCCUCCUAAAUCAUCAGCUAAACAAGAGCCUCCAUCCUCAUCACCAGCACCACUAAUUACUCCAAAACAAAGUUCUCAACCACAAAUUCCAGCUAAAUCAGUUUCUCCUGGAGUUAAUUUACCAUCAACCAAAUUGAAGUCGAAUCUACUUGUUUCACCGAAAGAUUUAAUUCCCUCUAAAUCAUCAGGGGGACCGAAAUCAUCUCCAUUUCUACCUAAAUCAUCAACUAAAUCGACAUCGUCAUCAUCCUCGAAAUCCGAUGCUCAGGUUGUUAAACCGAAACCAUUAGCCAAAGUGGCCCCAAUGAUAAUCAAAAGUCAACCGAAAUCGCAAGAAAAAUCAACUCAGAUUUCAUCAUUUUCUCGUGAGGCCGAUUCGGUUAAAUCGGGUGUUUCGGUCAUGGAAAGUGGCCUUGCACCUAAUAAACCUUCAGAAUUCACUGAUGAAGAGAAGGCGAAACUUGAUCAAACCAAGGAAGAAGAUAACAAGAAAGCCAAAGAAGAUGAAACAAUCAUGGCGAUAAUAAUUAAGUUCUUAAUGAACUGUAAUGUCGUCUAAAGAAAAAAACCAAAUCAAUUAUAAUCUUACUUCUUAAUUUUCUCAUUCAGGGACUAAAAUAGUUACCAAAACAAGAAUCGAUAAUCUUACAAUAUGAUAAUCUCAAUAUACCUUUUAAUCUUUAAUUACUGUUUAAUUUUUCUUCUCUUUAUCAAACUUAUGUAACCAAUUUUCAUUUUAACAAUAAACAUUUGAACAAUUAA